AGGGCUUUACCACGUUUUUGGCCGCUUAUUGGAAGCAAAGAUCGGAAAUUUAGAAUUAUGAAAUUAAUCGAAGCAUUCUUAAAUGAAGAGUAUGAUAUUAUCGCUUUGCAAGAGGUAGGGAAUGCUGGUUUUACGGGUAGUGGCGUAUGCAUCUUUUCUCGAUAUACAAUUAUUUCUGCAUUAAUGCAUCGAUAUUCCCUCAAUGGAUUUGCACAUCACAUUCAUAGGGGCGAUUGGUUUGGUGGAAAAGUGGUCGGAAUGGUUGAAAUAUCAUUUCAUGAUUGUCGCAUUAAUUUUUAUAAUACUCAUUUACAUGCUGAAUACAACCGUAUGAAUGAUUUAUAUUUGCCGCACAGAUUAUCCCAAGCAGUAGAAUUAUCUCAAUUCAUUAAGUACACUAGCAAGGGUGCAGAUUUAGUGAUAUUAACUGGUUUGUUGUUUUUUAAAAUCUUUCAAGCCUUGCAGUUUGCACAGAUUUUUCUCGCUUUAUUUUUAUGUGGAUUUAUAUUGCAGGCGACGCUGUUCAGAUUUUUGAUCACAUUUGUGAUUGCUUUUUGUCUUUGGUACGGUUUUAUCGGAUUAACGAUGGAACUGAAAGCCCUAAAAGCUGCUAAAUCCAUCUUGAUGCUUUUGCUUAAAGAAUAA